GUCAAGGCUGCGGCUGGGAUGUAACCGGAGGUCCGGCAGGUUACCGGGAUUCUUUGCCUCCGAGCGAGCACCAUCACUAACCGGUGCAGUAAGGCAGCGCACGCGUGCUAUGACAGUGCGCGUGACGGUACAUGUGAAUUACCAGAGCUGUGUGUCAGCAGGAGAGCCAGCGAUCAGAGAAGAAUAAAUGUGCAGCAGUUCACUUCAUUCAGCCAAUGUAGCAGCUUAGCGCACCGGACCGGACAGAGUCUGAGAGGAAACGGCGACGAACGGAGGACAGACCGGGAAAAGGAGCGCCUAUGACAGCCUCCUUGGUUCUAAACCCUCGCUGGCCAGCGGAAACGGUAAUGUUUGUGUAUGACAACAACCUGGACGACCUGAACAAGAACAUGGAGGGGCUUGUGGGCAGCGGCAACUUCGCCGCUAGCCAGUGCCGCAACAUUAUGGCGCACUCGGCGGCCGCCGCUGCACUGGGCGGCCACCCGUCCGGCCUGGUGCACUCUUCGGCUGGCUACUCCACAGUGGACGUGUCCGCUUCAGGCUCCAGCGAGACCGGCGCGUCUUCAGGGAAGCAGUGCACGGCCGGGCCGUGUCCGGCUGCCGCCGUGCCGCACCAGAGCUCCUCGGCCGCCACCGCGUUACCAUACGGCUACUUUGGUAACGGCUACUAUCCGUGCAGGAUGGGGCGGGGUUCUCUGAAGUCGUGCACCCAGGCGGCGGGAGCCGCGCUCAGCUCGCAGUAUAUGGACACGACGGUGAACUCUGACGAAUACCCGAACCACCGGGCCAAAGAGUUCGCCUUUUACCACGGCUACCCGAGCCCCUACCAGUCCAUGGCCAGCUACCUGGACGUGUCUGUGGUCCAAACGCUGGGCACCGGGGAGCCGCGCCACGACACCCUGCUCCCCAUGGACAGCUACCAGCCCUGGGCUCUAACUAACGGCUGGGGGGGACAGAUGUAUUGCUCCAAGGACCAGGGACAGGCCGGACACCUCUGGAAGUCUGCUCUGGCGGAUGUGGUGGCGCACCAGCACGACGGCUCGCCUUUCCGCCGGGGCAGGAAGAAGCGGAUACCGUACACCAAGCUCCAGCUCAAAGAACUGGAGAAAGAGUACGCCGCUAACAAAUUCAUCACCAAGGACAAGAGGAGGAAGAUCUCGGCCGCGACCAACCUGUCGGAGCGGCAGAUCACCAUCUGGUUCCAGAACAGGAGGGUGAAGGAGAAGAAGUUCGUGGCCAAAGUGAAGACCAGCGCUCCGUAGCAUGCAGGUUCCGGCGCUUUUGGACGAUGUAGUGAAGGAUCGUGGUGUAUUUGCGUGUUAUACAUUACAAAUGAACUGAGAGAAAUUGCAAAAAAAUAAAAAAUAACGACGUGGUACUCCUGACAGACUGUGCGUACUCGUGUGCGUCAACAAAUUGAAGAAAAAUACAAAUAAAAAGGACAUAAAGGACAAAAUAAGAUAAGAGAACCAAAGCCCUCGGAUAAACCUUCUCCUCAGAGGCAUUCUGUAAAUACAGCACCUUCCUGCCUGCUUUGAUGUAACUGUCCUGUCUACUGUCUGUGUUUUACUGUUUGUCGGUGUUGUCUGUGCCCUAUAGCCUAUAGCCCCAAAACACACUGUUAUGCUGCCCAUAUUGUUUAUAACGCCUGUAAACCAGUAAUCAAAGUAUAGUGCAACACUUAAUAAACCCUUUUAAUCCUGAUGCAGUCUCCAGUAGGUCUUACAUCUUGAAAUUCAUCAAUAAUUUAACUGGCAACUUCGGAUUCGUGCGCGUAAUUUGUUUCUGGAUGUGUGUCAGCCAAACUAUGCCCGUAAAAUGUGCAAAAGAAUCCGCAUGUAGGUCAUAUCAAAGGCGGAAAGUUGAUACCCGCAAACUUGACAAACAGGAGGAUUCAGACUUCUCAUGCAGAUUAGACGUGUUUAUGAGACUGUGAAUUCAUAUGGAUCAGGCCACCCUCUGGAACAUCACCACAGCAAUGCUAUAUAUUUCCUUCCAUCAUUUCACAGGCCUGUAUAGACCCGUGUGAGCAACCCCCCCAACUAACUAAA